UUAAAAUAAAGAUUUAACCUUUAGAUUAAAAAACACUUCCUCUUCUAUAUUGUUCUCUUCCCUCAAGGAUUACCAAGCCCUAGAAGAAUGUGCUUGUACUUCCAGGAGUUGGUGACAGUCGAGGAUGAGGAAAUGGACUUCACCCAUGUGCAGGUGGAACAGCUGAAUUCUGCCCAAAGGUACAUGGGUGUGGAUAUGAAGAUGGAGAAUUGUGGAAGCCUGGUAUUUUGGGAUUCUCAAUCUAUACCUGAAACUAAAGUGUCCCUUUCAAAGCAGGAAGUUUAUGAAGAAGUAUCAUCUGAAAGGGAGCUGAUAGUAGAAAGACUUAAAAAGGAUGAUUCCUGGGACUCCAGAUUGAUAGAAGCCUGGGAAUGUGAAGGCACAUUGGAAAGGCAGCAAGGAAAUCAGAAGAAAGAUUUAAAGCAAGUCAUAAUUAAACACAAGAAAACCCCUAAGGAAGAUUGUAAUGAUAUGGGGGAAAGUUCAAUCCCAGUUAAAUAUCAGAAGGUUUACUCAGUGAAAAAGCCUUGGAAGUGCAAUGAGUGUGGGAAGUCCUUCACUUACUACUUAGCCUUUAUCCUACAUCAGAGAAUUCAUACAGGAGAGAAGCCCUAUGUAUGCAAUGAAUGUGGAAAGGCCUUCAGUCGGAGCUCAUCACUUAUUCAGCAUUGGAGAAUUCACACUGGAGAGAAACCCUAUGAGUGUAACGAAUGCAGGAAAGCUUUCAGUCAUUGCUCAACCCUUAUUCAACAUCAUAUCAUUCAUACGGGAGAAAAGCCCUAUGAGUGCAAUGAAUGUGGGAAGGCCUUCAACCAAAGUACCUACCUUAUUCACCACCACAGGAUACACACUGGAGAGAAACUCUAUAAAUGCAAAGAAUGUGGGAAAGCUUUCAGUGACACCUCAUCCCUUAUUAAACAUCAAAGACUUCAUACAGGAGAAAAGUGCUAUGGAUGUAAAGAGUGUGGGAAAGCCUUUAGUGACAGCUCAGGCAUUACUCAACAUCAGAGAACUCAUACAGGGGAAAAGCCACAUGAAGGUAGCAAAUGUGGGAAAGCUUUUAGUUACUGUUCAGCUGUCAUUCAACAUCAAGGAACCCAUACUGGGGAAAAGCCUUACAAAUGUAAUGAAUGUGGGAAAGCUUUCAGUGACCGCUCAGCUCUUGUAAGACAUCAGAGAAUUCAUACUGGAGAGAAACCUUACAAAUGUAAAGAAUGUGAGAAAGCCUUCAGUCAGAGCUCUUCCCUUACAAAGCAUCUGAGAACUCAUUCUGGAGAGAAACUGUAUAAAUGUAAUGAUUGUAACAAAGCCUUUAGCCAGAGUUCAUCUCUUAUUCAACACCAGAAAAUUCAUACAGGAGAAAAACCCUACAAAUGUAAGAAAUGUGAGAAAACCUUCAGUGUGUGCUCAGCCUUUCAUCAAUAUAAAGAAAUUCAUGAUGAAUGGAAUGCAGUGAAUUCAUGAAAUAAUUAAGUAUUUUCUCCUGAUUGUAUAGACCUGUUCUAAAUAUUACAGGGUAUAUUACAAAAACAUGAGGCUGUGUCACACAAAAACU